AUGUCCCAGUCUCGUACUCCAUCUAGAUCACGUAUCUCUGGCCAACUAUCAGGCAGUGGAACAAUUGCAUCUGAGACGCCACUACUACGUGAUGAAUUUUAUGGCCGUCGAACGCAGAUAUCGUUCACCGACUUCGGUAAGGCAUUCUUGCAAAUCGACGACUCAGACCCACUCGACGAGGCGGCAAAAAAUCUACAUGAGGCUACCAAUAUCAGGCAACUGUUAACCAUCUGUAUGGAAACCAUUCGCUCUUCGACAACCGAACGUGCCGCAAUAUAUGCCGCUUUGACCGAUUUGAUGAACGCGAUUGUGGACUCCACCCAAGCUGGUUUCAUAACUGCGGACGCCCACCCUCUCCGCUUUAGCUGCCUAACAAGCACACGUUCAGUCUCUGGGUCAAAAAGCCAACGUAAGCCGGACCUUGUGGGUGUCUCAAACGGGAAUGUUAUCACAAUGGAUACGUGCAAUUGGAACAAGAUUUCCGUUGUCUGCGAAUACAAGAUUGCUUCCCCACACGCUUGCUCCACGCAAACAACUCCUAUAAACUCCAGAUCAGGAACUCAGCCGCUACCUAGAUUCUCAGCCUCACAAUCUUUCACAGAUCCUGGACUCUCCCUAGCUGAGCUACCUGACGAACACCCUAUUAAAAUCGAAAUGAACGAAUCUGAUAUACAGCUUGGGCGGUACAUGCUAGAGAUGCGAUCUGCGCAACCAAGUCGGGCUGCAGGAUACGGACUACAAUUCAUGAAGGAUCAAGUGUCAAUUUGGUAUUCAGAUGCCGAUUCGACAAUAACAUCCGCCCCGAUCCCACUGGACUCGCCCAGUUUUGUUUGGACGAUCAUGCAUUUGGCGUGUGCAUCGGCCGAAGAAAUUGGAUACCUACCUUACUUUCUGGACGAUGCAAAUAGGGCAACGACAGAGAUCGUAGGGUCGCGACUUGUGAUUCUUGAUGUCAUCUACCAUAUCACCGAAGUGAUCUCGCUAGCCCGAGCGGUUCACGGCCGAUGCACAUGCGUGUUGGGUGUAUUGGACCCUAGUGGUGUUGAACUAGCAAUCAAGCUAAGUUGGCAAGUGGCAACACGGGUGAGCGAAGUAAACAUGCUGCAGGUCGCCCACUCGAGGAACGUGCAGGGACUUGUUGACAUAAUUGCAUCCACCGACCUACGAAAAUUAUCCCAGGGGCGGCGCUCUCGUUUACCGCCAGCAAUUCAGCGUGCUCUGCAAAUUGAGGACAGGGUUUUACGCGUCAUUGUUCUUCCGUUAUGCAUACCGCUUUAUAAAGUGCCCAACUUGAGUGACUUUAUGAAAGCCUGUAUUUCCCUUUUGGACACAAUUCACCAGCUGUACACUCGGGCCAGAAUUUUGCAUCGCGACGUGUCAGUGAAUAACCUGAUGGUGAACAAAGUCAAGCCGUCAGAAGGUGUUCUCAUUGACCUGGACCUUGGUCACGAGAUUCCGGACGACGGCAAGCAAUGUGGUCCUACAUCGUCCCACAGAACAGGUACCCUACCAUUCAUGGCACUGGACCUGUUGCAUGAUGAAUCCGAGUAUCCGCACUACCAUCGACACGAUUUGGAGUCUUUCGUAUACGUAUUCUUGUGGAUUGUUGGGAAAUAUGAUGAUGGCGUUGAAGUCAACCCACUACUUUUCCGAUCCUGGUGCGAAGGCACUUGGGAUUCUAUUAGGACCGACAAACUGUCGUUUCUUGAGUUUGAUCCAAAGUAUUCCGUUUUCUCGCCCACAUCGUUCUACGAUCAAGCUCCCAUGCGCGAACUCAUUAUACAACUCAUGGAUGUUAUUCGCGACGCUCAUGCAAAACAUAGGCAGUAUCUCGGGAGGAAGAGGCUCUCUACUGUACCUACAACGCGGGAUUCAAGUGCGGGUAACGGUUAUGCAAACGCACCGACCGGAAGAAAGCGCCAGCGGUUGGUCAAGCCGCCGGUUGACGUAUAUCCUGAAGAGCUUCCCGACUUAACCUAUUCAACCAUUCGAAAUCUCAUAGAAAAUGCGUUGGACAGUAUUGAAUAG